AUGGUGACAUUCAUUCUGAUUAGACAUGGCGAGUCCACAGACAACUUGCAUUCUGUUUGGGCGGGGUGGAAAGACGCCCCACUAUCAAAUCAUGGUAUUUCUAAAGCUCUCGGAGAUUUCUUUUCAGAUACCCAAUUCGUUGCAAUACACACAUCCGAUCUAAAACGGGCCUGCUUGACUGCUCAAGCUAUCUUAGAUUGUCAGGAUUCGAAAGAGACUCCGAUAAACCUCUUGACCUCUCACCUCCUUCGAGAGCAGCACUUCGGUGUCGCAGAAGGAAAGCCAUACUCAAAGUCAAGACCAGAUGUUGUAUUGCGCGAUCUCUAUGCCCAAGGGAUAUACCCUUCCCCACGAGAUAGAGACGGAUCGUUUCCAGAAGGCGAGAGCAGGAACGACCUUCGCAGGAGGGCAGAUCAAGCAGUUGAUGAAAUUCUACUUCCGUACGUUUGGCAAUCCGCUAGAGAAGGGACCACUGGAGUUUGCGUGGCAUUGAUAAGCCAUGGACUACUUAUCAAGGAGCUCAUAGCUGCACUUGUUGGUAGGGAUGCGGAAGGGAAGAAGACCGACCUAUACUAUAAAGGUCUGAGGAACACAGCCUGGGCUCGCAUGACUGUGGAAGUUCAGGGUCUUAGCCGAGGGAAGAAGAUGGCGGUGGAUGAUAUCAAUUAUCCUCCGCUCAAGGUUAGGCUGACUGACUUUGAUCGACAAGACCAUCUGAAGAACGUUGUGCGGCAACAGGGAGGGAUCGGCAGUUCUGCUCAUGAUCCAAACCAAAAGGAUAUUCGCUCCUUUUUCGCCGGGGGAUCAUGA